GCCUCCGGGCCUGUUAGUCAGGACAGUUUCUGUGAUAAGUAGAUGCUUUUUCAGGAAACACAGAGAAGACCUCUGGCUAAACCAAGUGCUUAUAGAGCUAUCUUAAAAUAUAGUCUUUAAGAUAAGGAAAAGCAUCAGGGUUUAGAAGGAGUUUCAGAGUCUGACACCAUCAAAGGUACAAAACCCAUUGGACUUCACAGGGGACAAUACGGCUUUGUAAGAAGACCACCCCUCACCUCUCAAGAGGAACAUUUCCAGGCAGAGGAGCCUCGGCUGAAAUCUCAAGUGGAACAAGAUGGAUGAGCCAACCUCCAGUCCUGUCACUGACUUUGAUUAUGAGUCAGGACAACCCUGCCACAAAGAUAGCGUGCAGAAAGUAGCAGCCCAGCUUGUACCCUCACUCUAUGCGCUGGUGUUCAUCUUUGGUUCUGUGGGCAACAUCCUGGUCAUCCUCAUCCUGAUCACCUGCAAACGGCUGAAGAGCAUGACCGACAUCUACCUGCUCAACCUGGCCAUCUCCGACCUGCUCCUCCUCCUCACGCUCCCGUUCUGGGCUCACUAUGCCGCUGCCCACAACUGGAUCUUCGGAGAUGCGAUGUGCAAAUUGUUAGCAGGGCUCUAUCAGACCGGCUAUUUUGGAGGGGUCUUCUUCAUCAUCCUCCUGACCGUCGAUAGGUACCUGGCCAUUGUCCAUGCCGUGUUUGCUCGGAAAGCCAGGACAGUCAGCUUCGGGGUGGUGACCAGCGGGGCCACCUGGGUGGUGGCUCUGUUUGCUGCUCUCCCUGCAAUCAUUUUCAUCAGAUCUCAAAAAGAAGGUUUCCGUUAUGCUUGCACCCCUCAUUUCCCCUACCACCAAUAUUAUUUCUGGAAGAAUUUCCAGACACUAAAGAUGGUCUUCUUGGGGCUGGUGCUGCCCCUGCUCGUCAUGGUCGUCUGCUACUCAGGCAUCCUGCGAACCCUGCUGAAGUUGCGGAACGAGAAGAAGAGGCACAAGGCGGUGAGGCUCAUCUUUACCAUCAUGAUCGGCUACUUCCUCUUCUGGGCACCCCACAACAUCGUGAUCCUCCUGCACACCUUCUCCAAGGCUGUGGACCUGAACAACUGCAGCAGCUCUAACCAGCUGGACCAGGCUGGGCAGGUGACAGAGACUCUGGGAAUGACACACUGCUGCGUGAACCCUAUCAUCUAUGCCUUCGUCGGGGAGAAGUUCCGUGGGUACCUCUCAGUGUUCUUCCGAAAGCACGUGGCCAAGUGCUUGUGCAAACGCUGCCCAAUCUUCCAGCGAGAGGCCCCAGAGCGCAGCAGCUCCAUGUACACCCGGUCCACCGGGGAGCAGGAGGUCUCCACCGGCCUGUGAGCUUGUCUGAGGUGGGGACAUGAUUCGGUUUCUAGGCACACCUGGGAGUGGGGGUGGCUUUUUGGAACAGGAAGUUACGAAGGUCCAUCCAUCUGUUUGAGUCUAUGGGAGUUUAUAAGCCCAUCAACUCUAGAAAGCUGUGUCAAAAUCUAUCAGUGAAAAUGAGACCUUGUUUUCCCUCUGCUUACACCAAGUCACUGGUGAGCUCUUCCUUCAGUGCAAAAGUUCACUAUCAAAAUGUCUUCAGAGAAUUGCUAAUUCUUGGGUUCAAUUAUCUGAACAGAAAUAACUAAGUUCAGUGAGAAAUACUUCACAGGUUCUUCUCUUGUACAAGGCAAUCUACAUGUUGUAAGUGUGUUUAGUAUAAGUCUUUGUCUCAUCCUGGGAGUGAAGAGAGGAUGUGAGUCAUUGAGAAGCAGCGAGUUCCAGCUGUGACUUCCCUCCAAGGUACGGACAGCAGGCUCCACAGACUUGCAGGGCCGAGUGAUGUCCUGUGUCCUGGCAGGGCUGGGAACACCUCUCAGGGAGAGGGGAUUUGGUUCACCUGUUGGUGGAGAAGGGGAAGCCCUGCUUCAGGCUGCAGGCAGCACAGGCAAAGCAUGGUCAUGAGAAGACAGAGGGCUGUCCCCAAGGAAGAAAGACAAGGUUGGCUGGGGUGGAGGCCAGCAUUGCCUUGGCAGUCAUAGCAGAGCAGGGAGCACACUGGCUAGCAUGGCCUGGGUAAAAGCUCAUUUCACAGCUAGUGGGGGACAGGGGCAUGUGAGCAUUUGGGACAAGGAGAUCAGACACAAUAAGGCCAGGGUGAGGGUGGUCUCCUGCUCCUGCAUGCAGGAUGUGGAGUCAGUACAACUUCGGCUGAAUUUGGUUGGAGGUGAGCUAGGGAGGCCCCUAGGCUUCAAGCAGAUGGAAGAAGACCUGAAAGAGUUGUGGAACAUGAAAGGAGGUGGAGGUUUAGAGCAAGAAACGAAGGCUUGAUAUAAGGGGACAAGCCUGGAUGCAGGGGACACAGAAGGACUUGGGACCCUCUCACUGAGCAUCCCUGUCAUUCCACACUCCAUCUCAUCCGAUGCUCAUCCCCAGAAGGCUUUGAUACUCUGAAUUUAUGCACACAGGAGCCUGCAGCCUGGGGGUACUGCAUAGACCACCACGAGCUCAGGAGCUUCAAAUCCAGAACUGCACACCCUGGAGCUGAAAACUCCACAGCAGAAAGAGGAGCCUGGGGCCAGAGGCUCUGUCAGGAGGGAAGGAUGGACCAGCUUUCUGGGUUUAUCUAUCAACAGGCAAAGGGGGGAAGUGACACACUCAUUUGGAAAACAGUUGCCUCAAGUUGCAAAGCCACAAAAUUUGCUCAGCUCCCUGUUUCUGGCUGAGCAUGGGGGCUGUAGUUGCCGUCUCCAGGUUCCUUCUGAAACUUCCCACGCACUAAAUGAUUUAUUCUUUUCAGAGGGAGGUUGAGCAUAUGUUGUUAUUGUUGUUGGUGGUGGUGGUGGUGGUGGUGCUGCUGCUGCUGCUGCUGCUGCUCUUGUUGUAUGGAUGACUUUUUACCAUAUUUGAGGUUGUUUUUGAAUUUGGGAGCAACUAAGACUAGGAUAGGAAAGACUAGGUGAGAAAACACAAGAGGGGAGGCCCACUUGGGGUUAAGGUGUCAAAGGUGUCAGAAGUGUAAGAGACAUCGUGAACUCUUCUCAAGCCCUGAAACUGGAGCACAGCAUCGUGUGUGGUGUCAGCAGGAAGCGCACAGGUGGAAGGUCAUGGAGGUGCAGAGGGAUAGUGACCUCCACCUCUGGGUCACUCCUAGGGCCAGCGGACAUCUCCAUAUGUACUUGUAUAAUCUUAUGUGUAUAGAAAGUUACAAAUUCCUUGGGAAAACCACACAUUGAAUAAAAGCCACCUUCUAAGUAUAA